AGCGACGUCAGUCGAGGGACGGCGGUAGAGGAGAGAGGACGCAGCGUAGAUUGUGCCGCGCCGCGACGUAGCUGUAGCUAGCUGAAAGCAAAGGCAGGACUCCGUCGCGCGCUACGUCCAGCUGCAGCCGCCGCCAUGCCUUCCGCCAGCGUAGAGUUGCUCGAAGCUAAUGGCGCGCCCGCGUCUUCUGCUGGUUUUAACAACAGGCGCAAGUCGUCGGUGAAGGUGACCAUCGUGCCGAGCCAGCCCAAGACGCUGACGCACCUUCCCAAGCGGCCUCCCGUCGACAUUGGCUUUACGGACCUCAGCUACACCGUCCGCGAAGGCCGUAAAAAGAAGGAGAAGACGAUCCUGCGGUCGGUGAGCGGCAGGCUGCGCUCGGGCGAGCUGACGGCCAUCAUGGGCCCGUCCGGCGCCGGCAAGAGCACGCUCCUCAACAUCCUCACCGGCUACAAGACUUCUGGGAUGAAAGGUUCAAUCACCAUAAAUGGUGAGGAACGAAAUCUGAGCAGUUUCCGAAAGCUUUCUUGCUACAUCAUGCAGGACAAUCAACUACACGCAAACUUAUCAGUUGAAGAAGCCAUGAAUGUAGCAACAGGCCUGAAACUUGGUAAUGAUAUGAAGAGUGAUGAGAAACGGGAUGUGAUCCAAGAAAUCCUGGAGCUCCUGGGUCUGCAUGAACAUAGGCGGACAAUGACAAGCAACCUGUCUGGUGGCCAGAAGAAGAGGUUGUCUAUUGCCUUAGAGCUGGUCAACAACCCACCCAUCAUGUUCUUUGAUGAACCAACAAGUGGUCUGGACAGUUCAUCAUGCUUCCAGUGUAUAUCCCUUCUAAAAUCACUAGCUCGUGGUGGACGGACCAUAGUAUGCACAAUCCAUCAGCCGAGUGCUCGGCUCUUUGAAAUGUUUGACCAUCUGUAUACAUUGGCUGAGGGUCAGUGUGUUUAUCAGGGUUCCACCCAGGAACUGGUGCCUUUCCUCGCAAAUCUUGGUCUUGCAUGUCCCAGCUACCACAACCCAGCAUCAUUCAUAAUUGAGGUGUCAUGUGGAGAAUAUGGAGACAACAUUCGCAAAUUGGUGACAGCAAUAAGGAAUGGUAAAAAUGACAUUCGCAGUGGCACACCGUUCCCACCAAUUGCAGGAGUGGAUGAGAAAUUAAAUAAUUCUAAUAUUAACAUCCUGGAUAAAUCAAAAAAUCUGGAGAAAAGCAAUGGACAAACACAGGAGUCCAAUGGCGAACCAGCGACAUCUGUUGCUGGGACUAAUAUUAACCUAUUUCAACCAUAUAUUGCAAAUGACAUAGCUAAGAAUGGACACAGUACAGGAACAGAUUCUCAGGCAGUAGCAAUCCCAGUGGACUUGACAGGUUGUGAAAAAGCUCCAGACAAUGUGACAGCAGCACUUCUAGACCCCAGUGUAACUGUGAGACAGCGACGUUAUGCCACUUCGCAGUUCACUCAGUUUUGGAUUGUGUUGAAGAGGACACUGUUGUUCAGCCGGAGAGACUGGACACUUAUGUAUUUGCGUCUUUUUGCCCACAUUUUGGUGGGUUUCCUCAUUGGGGCACUAUACUAUGACAUUGGAAAUGAUGGUGCCAAGGUGCUCAGUAAUUUGGGAUUUCUCUUCUUCAACAUGCUGUUUUUGAUGUACACUUCCAUGACAAUCACCAUUUUAUCAUUUCCCUUGGAAAUGCCUGUCCUUAUAAAGGAGAAUUUCAACAGAUGGUAUUCAUUAAGAUCUUAUUACUUUGCAAUCACAAUAUCGGAUAUACCAUUCCAGGCCAUUUUCUGCGUAAUUUAUGUGUCAAUAGUAUAUUACAUGACAUCACAGCCUCCGCAAAUGUGGCGGUAUGCCAUGUUCUUGGGAGCCUGUCUACUAAUUUCAUUUGUGGCUCAGAGUGUCGGUUUAGUUGUUGGUGCUGCAAUGAAUGUUCAGAAUGGCGUUUUCCUGGCUCCCGUCAUGUCUGUUCCAUUCCUGCUUUUCUCUGGAUUCUUUGUAAGCUUUGAUGCCAUACCAAUAUAUCUUCGAUGGAUAACUUAUCUGAGCUACAUUCGCUAUGGAUUUGAAGGCACAGCUCUUGCCACAUAUGCUUACAACAGAGAAUUUCUGGAGUGCCACCAGAUUUACUGUCAUUUCAAGAAUCCUGAAACCACUCUAGAUGAGCUGGAUAUGUUGGAAUCCAGCUUUACAGUUGAUAUUGUUGCACUGGUUGCCAUAUUCUUUGUACUGAGGAUUGCUGCUUAUAUCUUCUUGCGGUGGAAGCUCAUAUCACAGCGGUGAAUGACUCUUAGUCCUUCACUCACAUAAAUUCCUACCAGUUUCUGGUGAGGGGUUUUUCGAAGCUCUCAUUUAUCAUCACAAGAACUAUUAGAUUUAGAUCCUCAUGCUGUGGUGGAUUCUGCUGUUAUAGAUUUAUAAACUGUUCUCAUAGUGUUAAUUACUCAAGUAGCAUGUGAUAUUUCAAAGUGGUCAAGUGCUGAUUAGGCUCAGAAAUCAGAAAAUGUGUGUGACAUUUUGGAGUUACAAAUUGUAAUUGCAAUAUCAACUGACUGAAGUAAUGUUCUGAGGUUCUUUGUUAAUCUUUCAAUUAUACAUUCCUUUCCAAUGUUUGUGCUCAAUACAAUUCCUUGUGAAUUUUUUUUUAAUUAAUAUACAUCUGCUGUGGCUAAAAUUCAGUAUGUAAAAAUUUAUCAUACUGUAGUAAUAGAGACGUCGCAGAAGAUAAUAAUUUAUGCCGAAUUAUUGUAAAUAUUCUUUCCUGUUUUCAUUUUUAAGACAAAGUAUUUUGAUUUUGUUUCAAUAUUGACCGCAGCUUUAGUGAAAGACGAAAAUAUUACACGUUCUGUAAUGUUAAUGACGUUGGUGUCUUAUAAAGAUGAUGUGUUAGAUCAAGGAAAACACAUUCAUAACUGUCUUUUAUCUCAAGUGCCUUACAAUGUCUUGUGGAAGAAUACUCAAAGGGAAAAUUUUAAACAGAAAUGAACCAGGUGAAAACAUUUGUUAAUUUUAUAUUUGUUUAAUAAAUAAAGAAUAACUAUUUAUGUAA